AUAUACAUAGCUUUAUCCAUCAAUGUAGUGCUAUCAUGUUCCAAUCCCCAUUUGACAUUUAAAAUUUGAACCAACGUUUUCUUUUAGGAACCUUAGAUGCAAUAAAUGGAAAGUUGUGAAUUAUUUUUACACAACUCUGGAUUCUGUCAUCAGCCACUUCCUGUAGGAACAUACAUGUGGGUGCUUCAGAGAGAUUUGCAGGUGCAUGCACCACUACAGUGCAAAAGCACAGUAUAUUUAACUGCAUGUCGACGUAGGAACAAGUCAGAAAAACAAAGACCAACAAUGAUGUUUCUUAUCCCCUUAACCUUUCUCUCUUUAGGGGUCGCACACAAUUGUGCCAGCUGUGACAACACAAAGACUCGUGUUGACUUUGUGGCUGUAGAAUUGGGGGGCACUGUCACGCUGAACUGCACCUACAACUGUUCCUCUGGAUUUAUUCGUAGCUACUGGGAAAAAGAGCCUGAUAAUUCUAGUGCAUGUGGAACAAUUUCAAGUACCACCAUGUGUACUACUUCCCUCUGCCUAUCGAAUGUGUCAGCUAAUGACUUAAACAAGAACUACACGUGCUAUACCGAAGAUACAGCCGACCCAAACCUUUCAAAAAAACCAGAGUGUAUUUUUUCUCUUCAUCGUCCAGUUGAAAAAGCUGUCCCAACCUGGACAGUGGCCAUGGAAACUGAUGAAAAAAGUGUGUCAAGAGAAAUGGAAGCUGAAAUGAAGACUGCUGGGAUUAUCAUUGUCGCCGUGGGUUUUUCAGCGAUGCUUAUCUUCAAGGCUGUCAGCUUUUGCAUGGAUAGAUGGAUCGUUACAGGGGAUACAUGUUCAUUUAGAUCAAGUUUCAGCUCCCCAGAACCAACAAACACUGGCAGCAUGUCAGGGAAAGGUACACAAACAACACAAGGGGAAAGGGUGACUUUGCGGAUUCCUCCACCUGAUGAUGAGAGUGAUACUGAGGUUCCAUAUGCAGACAUAACAAUAACAGUCCGAGGCGUCAGUACACCAGAGCUCUCACAAGUCAACUGCCUGACAAUCGGAGAGAGGUGGGGAGACGGCUCGCGGUCCCUUCUGCACGCGUCACGUUCUGCUGACAGGCUGCACGUGCCGCAACCCCGCGAGGUUAGCCGCAAAAUGAGCACCACCUCCGAGUAUGCGGUCAUCACCUACGCUUAACGGAUUUGACCUGCCGAAGAGAUGCCUCAAAACGUGUCUUUAAAAAUAUUUUUUCUUGGCUUUUGAUCAUAAAUGUUUAAUUUUUUCAUGCAUGGGAUGUAAAUUGUGUAAAUAUUUUCUUUAAAUAAAAUCGCUUUUCUUGCCACUUGCCCGCGAUUUUUGGUCCUUCUCGGUUCACCUACACAAUGAUGUUGCCUGGAAACAGAUGUCAACAAGUGAAAGAGACCUUCGUCAGUAGCCAGUGUUUAACUGUGAAAGUAACCUUUUUAAAAAAAUACUUUAAGGUUGAAAUGUGGCAUAUUAGUAGUGUCACAAAACUUUGUCAACCUUAAAAAAGAGAUACUUUAAGUGGUUUUCUGUUCUGUUAAGCUAAAUAUUACCACUAAUUUUGCUCUUGGUUGGGUUAGCUUAAUUUUGGACUAGCAAAACAAAAAACGUUCAAACUUCUCUUAUAGCAAAAACACAGAGAUUCAAUGUCAGCGCAUUUCUUCACCGCUCACCUGCGGGUCCCUCGGGGGCUCGGUGCCGUCAUAGAGGGACUGGCCCGGGAAGUCCUCCGGGAUCAGCCGGAAAACAUCCCAGAAUAUGCUGCAAACUAUUUUAAUGGACUUCUCCGACAAAGAGAAGAGAGUGGCGUGGACCCUGCUGCGUGGGCGGCCAAACUAGAAGAUAGAUACCACAACAACCAUGACUUCACUGAUGUGGCUGAAAAGAAAAGUGCACCCGAGAUGACUUGUUCUACAGAUGCAUUUGAGAAGCCUCAAAUAAAAGAAGAAUCAAGUUAUCCUACAGAAUCCUCAGCUCUUCUGACCAAACCCAUCACUGCCUCUGAAAAUUCGCUUUUGUCCCAAAGCUCUGAAGAAUCUGACGUGCGAUCAGAUGAAUCGAGUGGGACCGACGGAGACCAACACCUAAACCUAAACAGUCCAGAUGUUGAAAUGGGCAACACGGACUCCAAACCAACGAGUGCAUUGUCAUUGGCGGGAACUUCAAAUGUUGAUGUGGAGUUAGUGGAUAAAGGAGGUGAUGUGCAAAGAAGUCCACUUACACAUAAUCAAUUUUUAGAUCUAGAAGCAGAGGAAGUCUUACAACCUGCAGAAUCAGUGAAAAAUCCCACAAACUCUGGACUAGCUGAUGUAGACGAUGUAGAACUUCAUAAAACUGAGGAAUCAUUUGAAGGUGACGCACCUGUUUCUGAAGAAGAAAAAAGUGUGAAACUUCAGCUUGAGGUAGCUAAUGAAGAGUUGUUCCUUUCUCAAAGCAAAAUCUCUCAGGGCAGCCAGGAUGAACCAGAACAAGCCCAGAGUGCAGAUGAUGAGGAUGCUGUUGCUUCAUGUGGCGAAAACGAUGAUGGUGGGAUUCCAACUGAUGCCACAUUAGUUUUUGAUGACAUCCCAAAGGAGGAUUCUUUGGCUGAGCUGAGCUCAGAUCAGCCCUCAAGUUCAGUUAGAAUGGAAGGGUCAGAAGAAAAGACUUCAGCUGAAAACACACAAAUGAACUUGUUAGAAGAGCAGCAGAAGGAAGCGUUAACUGAGCCUCCUGUUGGUUUAGUAGACCAAAUCAGAAGUGAUACAGAAGACCAAUCUAAACCUGAAAUGGAGGUUGACUCUGAAGGGGAACAAAUGGAAAACCGGUCUUUGGCAUUUGAAAUAAUGGAAGAGGAUAUGGACAAAAAUAACUCCAAUUUAAAUGACAGUGAUGAUGGUGAGAAGGAUAAAGGCGUUAAAAGCAUCAGCGCAUCAGAUCAGCCCACCACCGAGGCAGAAAAUGACAUUCGAGUGGAUAAAGCAGAUCAUAAAGAUGAAGAGGAGAUGAGUGAAGGCCAGGAUGAGCAGAGUCAAGAGACAGAAAAAGAGGCACAUCCUUGCUCAAGAGAAGACGAGGGGACAGACGCGGGGGACGGAGAUGAAGGGGAAACAUGUAUGCAGGGUAAAGGUGAGGUGGGGAACCAAGAAAUGAAAGAUGGUGAGAUGGAUGCCGAUCCAUCACAAUUAACCCAGUUAAGUGGAUCUAUGGCUGGAAUGGAGGCAGAGAGCGAAACCUGUGAGGAAAGUGCACGCCUCUCACCACAGGAGAAGGAGGAAAGUCAGAAAGCUCUUGUGGAGACACAGCGAGAGAACACGGUGGGAAAAAAAGAGGUCGCCCAGGAUGAAAUGACUGAUUUAAAUCCACAGGAGAAGAGUGUUCCACUGGAAUAUGAGCAAACCAGCAACCUCUCCCAUAAUGCAGACAUAAUAACUGAAAGCCAUGAAGGAGAAAGGGCAGAUGAACCUGAAAGGGACCCAUCAGAACCUAUAAGUCAAAAGGUAAUCUGAACUCUUUAUUUUUUCCACAAAUUGUGCCUGACAAAUGUACAUAGACGUGCUGGCUUUAUAUUUGCCACCAUAAGUUGAGUGUCACAGACUGUGGAUAAAAACCUCCUCUUCACUCACAGGGAGGUUAAAGGUGUGAUGAAGAGAUUACAGUGUGCCCUGCUUUCAUCACUCCCUAUUGAUGUCACUCCCACAAGAGUCACACACAAGAAGAAUCAGAGCUUUAAACUUUCUGCCGUUAAACGAUCAAAAACGUCUUCAGAAGUGUACCAUAUUCUAUGUGACAUUCAUCACAGACUUCUGCUUCAAAGCGUGGCAGCAAUUUCCAUUGAAGUGUGUUGGAUGCCAUUUGAGGCCUUGUGCUCUGCCACAUGGUUAUAAAAUCUGCAGUGCAUCAGCUCUCCUCCCCUCUGAAAGCGGAGCAAAGACAGGAACUUGAGUCAGUAAUCUGUAAUCAUAAAAAGGGAAAACGCCAAACAAUUUGUCCUCUGAAGUGGCCCUUUAACAUUUUUAUGCUGUGACUGUUAGCCCUGUCAGAUUCCUCCGGACUCGCUCUAAUCACAACAGGGUGGGAGUGUGGGAUGGGGGUACUCAGAGUGUUACCAUGGUAACCCCCCCACCAUCCAGCUCGCUUUUGGUGUCGUCAUGGAAUUAAUAGAAGAUGGUGAUGCAGAUAGUUGCUAGGCACCCUGGUAACAGUUAUCUGCCUUUCAGACUAGUUCCUAACUCACUUAUUACAAGCAAAACAUCCCCCUGUGCGGUUCGGUUUUGUACAAGUUCUAUCAGCUAAAACUGCUGCCUCACGGCCACUCGGCUGUGACCUGGCAGCUUUUCCAUAUGGUGUUGUAAAGUUUACACUUCAAAUUUACAGUUUACUAUAAAGCCCUAUACAUAUAUUUUACCUCAGUCAUGUCAGGUGGAGAAUCGUCAAUGAUUGUUCUGCCGUGAUCAUAAAGCACCUGCAUCAUUUUCAUUCUCAACAUCAGUUUUACUACAUAAUUGAUAAGAAUAUGAACUAAGGCUGAUAAAGCCACCUCCAAGCCAUUAGACACAACUUUAAAAUAUAUUGUGAAUGGUUAGCAAGCUGACAUGAGAGCAUUAUCGUCAGGCAUAUACCUCUGAUAGAUGGAUGUUUUCUGAAUCUCCCUGUCUUGUCUGUGAGGCUGGCAGAGGCGUGUGGGCGGCCAUACCAACUGGGAUCACAAGGAUGGAGAGGGCUGAAAGCUCACUCGGCCUCUAAUGAAUGUACAACACCUCCCAGUGUAAAAUAAUCCAAGAUGCUUUGACUGUUUGGUUUUUCACACUAUUUGGAGAAUCCGGAACUCAGCAAAUAUCGUUUACGACCAUCUGGGUUUUACAGUGCAACUCUAUAUUGGUCAUCUUUACUUAUUUCUGGAGUUAGUUUCUAAAAGAGAGUAUUUUUCUAUGCCUUUUACUUUCACAGUUUAGUGUCAAAAAGCUGUGAAACUCCUGUUAAACCUCUUCUUUUUUUUUUUUUUUGCUGUCACCUUACACAGGUAAUAACGUGUCUAUGUAGCUACACUGCCUUUUCUUUUGUUUAAAGUAAAAUGAACUCAGCGGGUCAGAAACCUUAAUGAGACAGAAAAGAUGAAACACAUGCUGCUGUGUUUGUAGGAGGUCUCUCUUUCCCUCCCUCCAUCCGUCCCUCUUUCUCUCCUCGCGCUCUUCUCAUUCUGCGUGAGCGGCGGUUUCUGAACAUACAGGGGGAUUGUUAGUGAGAGCCAGCCAGGCAUCUGUAUUAUUUCAGAGACUUAUUUUCAAAA